AGCUCGUCUAUCAGUAGGUGCGCAAAGUGAGGGAAUUGACUGUGCCGUAGCUUCUAGAACUACAAGUUGUCUUCUAGUAUUAUUAAAAAAUAAAGACAUUAAACUGAAUUAGCUCGAAAGGAUUGAGAUGUUACAGUUAAGGGCUUCAAUUGUGCUGAAGGAGUUGGUUCAAACCAGCCCAAAGCGUUCGUUUUCUGACAUUAUAAGGCAUAAGAAAACUUUACCAAACGCGUACACCUACAGCGCUGCUUAUCCAGAUGGCAGAAUAUCUAAAUUAAAGACUGUCUGUAAUGGAAGACCUUUCAUUCUGCCUUUAGCUGGGAGAAGAUUCCUGUGUACAAAGACCGAAGGAGCGAUUGACCCUACAGCACCGGUGAAGAAAGAUGAGUCCGUCCAGGAAACGACGGCAGAGAAGAGAAGGAAGGCUGGCAUCCUGCCCAGCUUGGAAGACCUGCUGUUUUACAGUAUUGCUGAAGGCCAGGAGAGGAUCCCAGCUCACAAAUUCAUUACCGCACUGAAGGCCACUGGACUUCGAACGGGAGAUCCACGGCUAAAAGAAUGUAUGGACAUGUUGAAAGUCACCCUCAAAUCCACAUCAGAUGGUGUAAUGCUGGACCGACACCUGUUCAAAAAGUGUGUCCAAAGCAACAUUGUUCUCCUCACACAGGCCUUCCGGAAGAAAUUUGUCAUCCCUGAUUUCCAGCCUUUUGCCUCCCACAUCGAUACACUUUAUGAGAAGGCCAGAAAUCUCUCCGGAGGACUGGUUGCUGACUACAUUCCCCAACUUGCCAAAUUCAGCCCAGAUCUGUGGGCCGUUUCCCUUUGCACAGUCGAUGGACAAAGACACACAGUGGGUGACACUAAAGUGCCAUUUUGCCUGCAGUCAUGCGUGAAGCCGCUCAAGUACGCUAUUGCCGUGCAUGACCACGGCACUGAAUAUGUGCACCGAUUCAUUGGGAAAGAGCCCAGCGGCUUACGCUUCAACAAGCUCUUCCUGGAUGAGGACGACAAACCCCAUAAUCCAAUGGUGAAUGCUGGUGCAAUCGUGUGUACCUCUCUUAUCAAGCAAGGGGCAAGCAAUGCUGAGAAGUUUGAUUAUAUGAUGAGCUUCUUGAAGAUGAUGGCAGGAAAUGAAUAUGUUGGUUUUAGCAAUGCCACAUUCCAGUCAGAGCGUGAGUCAGGAGACAGGAAUUUCGCUAUUGGCUAUUACCUGAAAGAAAAGAAGUGCUUUCCAGAUGGUACAGACAUGACUGCUGUUCUGGACCUCUACUUUCAGCUGUGCUCCAUCGAGGUAACGUGUGAGAGCGCUAGCGUCAUGGCUGCCACAUUGGCCAACGGCGGCUUCUGUCCAAUCACAGGCGAGCGUGUGCUGAGCCCCGAGUCCGUGCGAGACACCCUCAGCCUCAUGCACUCCUGCGGCAUGUAUGACUUCUCCGGACAAUUCGCCUUCCAUGUGGGUCUACCAGCCAAGUCAGGUGUGGCUGGCGGUAUUCUGCUGGUUGUGCCCAAUGUGAUGGGCAUCAUGUGCUGGUCUCCUCCGUUGGACAAACUUGGCAACAGUGUCCGGGGCAUCCAGUUCUGUACGGAUCUGGUGUCCUUGUUCAACUUCCACAACUACGACAACCUGAGGCACUUCGCCAAGAAGCACGAUCCUCGCAGAGAGGGAGGGGAGCAGCGGGUGAAAUCUGUCAUCAACCUCCUCUUUGCUGCCUACACAGGAGAUGUUUCUGCGCUCAGAAGGUUUGCACUGUCCUCCAUGGACAUGGAGCAGCGGGACUAUGACUCCAGGACGGCGCUUCACGUAGCAGCCGCUGAGGGACAUAUUGAGGUUGUGCGUUUUCUGUUAGAGGCCUGCAAGGUGAAUCCUGGUCCCAAGGACAGGUGGGGCAACACACCUAUAGAUGAGGCGACACACUUCGGUCAUCACGAGGUGCUCGCACUUCUACAGGAGUACAACAAUAAAUACAACCCACCGGUGAACACUGACGCAGAUAAAGAGAGCACCGAGAAAAACCUGGACGGGAUGCUGGAGACGUAACCAUUUCCACUAGCACUAGAGCACACUCUUCUGAAACAGCCCAGAGAAGGACUGCUCCAUCUCAAUAUCAGUGUUUUUUUGGGGGAACAAAAUCAGUACAUUUUUUUUUUCGUUUCACGUUGUCUCCUGUAGUUUUACAUGCUUUUGUGAGACAUUUUUGGCUUGUUGACAGCUUCUACCUUGCAAGAAAGGGCGCAAGUCAUGAUGAUGGCCAUAUUUAAUGGUGCGAAACGACUCCCAGUAGACGCUAUAAUUGUAUGUUCAACCCUUUCGUGCCUGUGUAAAGUUGAUUGAGGUGUGGGGAAUGAUGACUACAGCGAUGACAUUGCUGUCCCGAGGGCAAACGCCUAAACUCAAGCGUAAAGAAUGACACCAAACAAUCCUGUUUAGGAAUUCAGGAGCAUUAAAAACAGCGAGAUUUGGCACGGUUGCGCAAACGCUCACGACAUUUAAAAGCUGCUGGCCAACAUAUCUUCCUCCUUUAUGUUGGAAAAAAAAAGUAGCUUAUCAGAACGUAAUGAAAAUCGAGACGCGAGACUAUUGCAUUUCAAUUACCAAACAAUCGGUCGAGUGUUGCCACGAAUGACGAUUAUCAUUAAGAUAAGGAAUGCGAGAACGAGUCGGGUGUAAAAUUCGAAAUUAUUUAAAGGCUUGCAUGCAUUUUGUACAUGUGUAUCACUUUUAUUUUAUUAUACUUCAUUAUUUGAACAUUUUAACCACUGCCAAAUACAUCGUUAUUUUUUAGUAUUUUUUUAUUUUAGUCUUCACCUUAUUACCAGACAGAUGGUCUAUAUAUAUUCGUCAAUGCACUCAUAGUUGAAAUAUUUACAUGCAGAGCCCCCAAAAUGACUGCAUUUUGAGAAAGCACACAAUGUUGUAAUCUGAGAACAAAAGCGAUCAAAAAUAAAAUAAAAGACACUGCAUUUGUGCAAACCAUCUGUGCAUUUACGUAUAUUUUAUGAAGUGUUAAAUUACUGUAAAUGUAGUUUAUUGUAAGACAAUUGUUUUAGCAGUGGAAAAGUGAUGUCACACUGGGACCAAACACUUGAAGAAAGUCAGUUGGACAGAACUUAAGUUCAUGUCAAAGUAAAUGAAUGUAAACUGUUUUAAAGACACUUCAGCACUAUUCAGUAUUCUUUGACGCAAAUAUUUCUAUUAGACUGUAUCUGGCUGACUCAAGUCGGUGUGUGUACAUGUGCAGUUAAAGCAAUGGUAUAUAAAGAUUCAUCUUUGAUGUGCAAUAAUGAAUAAAAUCGUGUUAGUAAUUAAAAGGGUGUAAUUUUACUUAUACAUUAUACAUGCAGUGGACAAACCCACACAAAACACUGAAAUUCUGACUGGAAAAAAAAUGUCCCAGUUAACUGGAAUUCAAAUAUAUAACUCAAAAGUAAUAACAUUCAAACCUCAACUAUCAGCACAAAUCAUGUUCAAGGUGAAACAGUGCAGGAUGAGCUAUACACCAAAAUAUAAUACUAACCAUGAGCAACACUACCAGUGAUGCAACAAGAAUAUUUUCUUACAUUUAUGCAUUUUAUCCAAAACAACUUACAAUGCAUUCAAGGUAUACAUUUGAUCAGUUAUCUGGGAAUCGAACACAUUUGCAUUUCUACCCUCAUUCUCAACCAGUUCAAAACCUAAAUCCUCUAGAUCUGAUGAGUCUGACAGAUCAUGUUCAAUCGUGUCCAACCCAUGGUCUUCAUUGACAUGCUGUUGUACCGUCUUGG